AUGCGUAACGAAGAUCCAGGUCCAGUGCUCGACCGCCUCUACGCCAUCGACACCGACCACGUUGACGUAGCGCGAUCGGAAGCGGGGGUAUUUGCUCAGCAUGCCGUAUCUCUGAGCGAGGGUAUGGCUGAGCCUCUGUUCUAUCGACGCCGUGGUAGAAACACCGGGUACAAGGCUGGCAAUCUCAGGGAUUACCUCGACAACCACUCCAAAGGAGACGACUUCUUCGUCACUCUUGACUCCGACAGCGCUAUGAGCGGCGACAUACUCGUCCGGCUGGUUUCUAGCAUGGAAGAGAACCCCCUCAUCGGCUUAUUGCAGACCAUAGUCAUCGGUAUGCCUGCGGUCAGCGCGUUUACGCGGCUCUUCCAGUUCGGCCUGCGUCAUGGGGUGCGAACAUACAACAUGGGCUUCAGCUGGUGGGCUCACGACUGCGCGCUGUAUUGGGGUCACAACGCCAUCAUCCGUACUGAUUCCUUCCACAAGCAUUGCAUGCUGCCGAAGCUCCCUGGAGAGCCGCCGCUGGGCGGUUACAUCCUUAGUCAUGAUCUGCUGGAAGCAAUGUUCAUGCGCCGAGGCGGCUACGAGGUCCGAGUGCUGCCUAUCGAGACGGAAAGCUACGAGACCAAUCCGCCUACCUUUCUCGACUUCCUUCGUCGCGAAUUACGCUGGUGUCAAGGGACUAUGCAGUACUGGUUCAUGCUAAGCGAGCCUGGCAUUCAUCCAAUCAGCCGCUUUCAGGUAUACCAGACCUUGACCACGUACAUUGGCCAGGCUUGCUGCGUCUUGAUGACACUAGCAUGGAUCGCGAAGGAAGUCAUAGGAGAACCUAGCGUCGUUCAAAUGAGCCUCGUCUUUGGCUGGACUCCGCACCUUGCUCUCGCUGCUUUCGGCAUAUUCCCCAAACUUGCCGGUGUCUUCGAGGCUGUUACAACAUCUUCCAGGCGCUAUGGUGGCAGUUUUCGCUGCAUCCUCUCAACAUUUGUGGAGUUGUUCCUGAUGACUUUCAUCGCCCCGAUUACAGCUCUGGCUAUUGCGCUAUUCUUGGGUGGUCUACUCAGGGGCAAGUCCAUCGCAUGGGAUGGGCAGAACCGCGAUCGGCUCGGUCUCAGCUGGCGCGACAGCUUCCGUGUUCUGUGGCCGCAGACUUUUCUCGGUUUUGGAGUUUUACUUGCUCUUCGAGGGACUGCUGAGCUGGCGUGGGCUGUCCCAUCAGCCGUAGGUCUCUUCUUGGCGAUACCCGUUGCUGUAAUCACGGCGUCGCCCCGUUUCGGGGAUGCAAUCACUUCUAUGCGCCUCUUCGAGAUACCAGAAGAGGUUGAACUCCCGCCCUUGUUGUCUAAGCUUGUUCCAGCAGGGGUCGUAUUGAAGAAAAGGGGCUGA